AUGGACAAGAUGUUUUUGAACAGUGAUCUCAUAACAGAAAUCUUAGGCCGUGUGGAUGGCAUAACACUUGCAAAUGCAGGAUGUGCAUCUUCACACUUUAGAUCUAUUGCAAGGCAGGAGAAUAUAUGGGAAGAGGCAUGCUACUCUAUGUGGCCUUCCACAAAGAACCCUUAUAUUAAACAACUCAUCUCUUCUUCAUUGGGUGGCUUCAGAAAUUUCUAUGCAAGCUGCUUUCCCUUCAUUGCUUAUGAUGAGACUUCUGAGUCAAAUCCAAGGUGCAAUUGGUUGAAGACUCUGGGUGAUGCUAAUCCCUCUGAUUUUGUCUUUCUUGUGGAUGUGCAAUACAAGAAUAAGCUCAUAUAUUCUCAAGUUUUGUGGGGUAUCCCUGCUACAGAGGAUUUUGAGGGGUGGUUCAGUAACUGCCCUUUCAGGAUUGAUCUCAUUGAGUUUGAUGAGGAUCACACCAGUUUAGAUGAGUUGACAACAAUUGUGCCUGACAAGCCUAGGAAAGGCAGUGAGUUUUGGAUGCACUUGAUGGAGAAUAUUAAGUUAAGCUGGAUUUUGAUAAACAAGAUAACAGGGAAAGCUGCUAAUCUUUCAAGCUGGAGUCCCUUGGUUGGACAAAGGCAUUGGCCCUCUGAUAAGGACUCUGUAAUAUGCUUUGGCUCCAUAAUACCUGCUUACAGCAUCUUGCCUUGCAAAGCUGUGCAGUGUAAGUUUGUGAUGAAGUUCAGAGCAUCACAAAGUGAUCAUACCAACUUGAAGAUCACAGAACUGAGCAUGCAGAUGGAAGAUAUUAUGGGAGAUCAUGUUAAUGGGAGAAACAGCCUGCUUAUUCUAGAAAGAGCUCUGUAUUGCAGGAGGAGUAAGAGGCAGAAGAAGGUUUUGGAAUCCUGUGAAAAAUACUUGAGAGAACGGAGCACGUUGAAGGAAGCAAAGAUGAGGAAGGAAUGCCAUCUGGACAUUCUUUUUACUCUAACCGGUAUUGUUGCAUAUGCUUCAGUUUGUUACUUCAUUUUCUGA